AUGCGGGUGCUGGAGGAGGACCUCUUCCCCUCCACCCCAGGCAAGGUGAAGAUCGAGCGGGCGGGCGCCAUGAACCGGCAGCUCCACCGCUGCUUCGCGUCCACCAGCACCAUGUUCCUGUGGGCGCUGUUCCUCGUCGCCAUGACGGCGUCUUACCUCAGCUUCCAGUCCUUCGUCGACACCUCCUCCAAGUACUUCGCCGCCUCAUGGGGCGGCCUGCACUGGGAGCGGCAGAUCCGCGCGUCCGCCGCGCCGAGGCGGCCCCCCGGGUCCGCCGCCGGGGCCGGGAUGUCGGUGCUGGUGACCGGCGCCGCGGGCUUCGUCGGCACCCACUGCUCCCUCGCGCUCCGCAAGCGCGGCGACGGCGUCGUCGGCGUCGACAACUUCAACGCCUACUACGACCCCUCGCUCAAGAAGGCGCGCAGGGCGCUGCUCGCCUCCCACGGGGUGUUCGUCGUCGAGGGCGACAUCAACGACGGCCGGCUGCUUGCCAAGCUCUUCGACGUCGUGCCCUUCACCCACGUGCUCCACCUCGCCGCGCAGGCCGGUGUGCGCUACGCCAUGGAGAACCCGGCCUCGUACGUGCACUCCAACAUCGCCGGCCUCGUCACGCUCCUCGAGGCCUGCAAGGACGCCGACCCGCAGCCGGCCAUCGUCUGGGCCUCGUCGUCCUCCGUCUACGGCCUCAACGACAAGGUCCCCUUCUCGGAGCGCGACCGCACCGACCAGCCGGCCUCGCUCUACGCGGCCACCAAGAAGGCCGGCGAGGAGAUCACGCACACGUACAACCACAUCUACGGCCUCUCCAUCACCGGCCUCCGCUUCUUCACCGUGUACGGGCCUUGGGGCCGCCCCGACAUGGCCUACUUCUCCUUCACCCGCAACAUCCUGCAGGGGAAGCCCAUCACGGUGUACCGCGGCAAGGACCACGUCGACCUGGCCCGCGACUUCACCUACAUCGACGACAUUGUUCAAGGGCUGCCUUGGAUCUUCAACCUCGGCAACACCUCGCCCGUCACGGUGCCCAACCUGGUGUCCAUCCUGGAGAAGCACCUCCGCGUCAAGGCCAAGAAGCACGUGAUCGAGAUGCCCGGCAAUGGCGACGUGCCCUUCACCCACGCCAACAUCUCCCUCGCCAGGGAGCAGCUCGGGUACAAGCCCACCACCAACCUCGACGUCGGCCUCAAGAAGUUCGUCAAGUGGUACCUGUCCUACUACGGCUACACCAGGGGAUCCAAGAACUCACGACAAUGA